AUGCUAGAGGAGGGCGAUUCAGUGAUGGCUGACAGGGGUUUUAACAUUAGAGACAUCCUUACAAAGAAGAAAGUUUAUCUUAACAUUCCUCCCUUUUCUAAAAAAGGUAAGAUUUAAUUGGUAUAUUUAACAUUUUCACUAAUAAGGUUUCCCAGAGUUCAACUGAUAAUUCUCAAUUUUAUACUAAGAAAAAGCUGUCAAAAUAUCACUUUAGCUUACCUUUGUAAUAACAUUAGACUUUAAAAGCCCUUAUAAAUGUAGGUACCAAACUAUGUAAUAUUCUUAAAAAAACACAUAUACCAUAAACUUAUGAUAAUAAGCCCUGGACUUGUAUUUGCUAAAAGGUUUUUUCGCAGGGGCUUAUUAUUGGAAGGAAUUUUGCAAUUCAAAAUGGGCUGGGCUUGACUAUAAAAACAGCUUAAACCACUAAGAUGACAGCCUACAAAAGCUAACCAUAACAGUCUAUGGGCUUAUAUUCGGGAUGGCUUAUUAUCAGGAGGAGAUUUGUGUCUGAUAUUUGGGGGGCUUAUUUUUGGGAUGGCUUAUUAUUAUUAUUAUUAUUAUUAAUUUUUUGGGUUUUUUUUUUUGGGGGGGGGGCUUAUUAUCGGAGUUUUAUGGUAUAUUUUUAUAAAUAAAACACAUUAUUUUUCAGGUAAACAGCUAUCACGGGCAGCCACAAAAAACACUCGUCAAAUUGCUAGAGUGCGAAUUCAUGUUGAAAGGGCCAUCGAAAGAUUGAAAGACUUCAAGAUAUUUCAAGGGAAUUUGCCUUUGACCCUGGCUGCACUUGCUGACCAGAUGUUGAUAGUCUGUGGAGCUCUUUGUAAUUUACUUAAGCCACUGGCCAGAUAA